AUGCCUUCCAUUGGGGAGACUCCCCGUGGAUCAGAAGCAAUGCCUGAGACGGUGGUGAAAAUCACUGGAAGUAAACACUUUCGGUACCUUGUGGAGAAGCCAAAGACCAAGGAAGAUGAGAACUUGAAGGCAGAAACUCAAACAGGACUCCAGAAAUCCAUGACUGGUGGUGCAAAACAGAGGAGCAGAGACUCCCCAGCUCCUACCAAACCUACUAAUCAUCAAAUCAGUCAUAACCCAGAUGAUAAGGAAGAAAGCAAGCACCCAGAGAACAAUCAGAAAUUCCUGACGGGAGCACUCAGAAGCAGAUUUCUGGAUGGCAAAAUUCCCAUCCAGGCAAAUGCCCACUUCAGCUCGGUACCAACUGGAGACCCUCUCCAAUAGGAGUCCCUCUCCUAUCUCCAUGGCCUCCCCAGGAGAAAUAUUAGAGACUGGUCCUUGGAACAGAUGGCAAGGGACAGCUCUGACCAACUUGAGGAUUUUGGCCAGAGGCCAAGUGGAACAAGAGAAGAUGCUUUUCUUCUUGCCCUGGUCAGAAGAGAACUCAGAUCACAUCCUUUGAGUUCUGGCUUACUAGAAAAACUUAAGAAAGAGCUGAAGACCCUGGAUCCUAUCUCUUCAGGGUUUCUUCUCCAAUCUCAACUGAGCCGCCUUUUCUUGAGGCACGAAGUCCCUCUACAGCUACCAACAGUCAAGAGCCUUUGCCAGAGGUUUUCUAGGAAGGACUCUCCAGAAAUGAGACAUCUGGAUACCCACUCUAUAAAAAUGGUGCCCAGAGAGAUCACUUUGAACUCAUCGGAGAAGGUGCUGCUUUAUACAAACCAGACAGUGUGUUUGUGGAAGUGCAGAACUGACGGCCUCCUUUCCCCUGCCCCUCCACGUGGUACUGUUUCUCAAGAUGCCAGCCCGCGGUCAGAGGUGAGCAAGAACAUGCUGGAGAUCCUGAUGGCACUAAGGACAACCCAUGGCAAACUCAAUAUAGAGGGGCUCAGCCUGAGUCUCCGAAAAGAAGACCGCUCUUUCUCUGGCUGCCUGCCCCCACCCAAGGUCAGGGCUAUAUGUGGAAAGCAUGGAUUAUAUCUAACUUUGAGUCUCCUGGAAACAUUGCUAAACCAUCAAGAUUUGGGUUACUGUGGCGAAAUAAAAUGGCAGAAUUUUGUGGAGCUGUUGAGCAAAGCUGCCUCCGAUUUGUCACGUGAUUUGCCUACAGGAAAGAACGUAAAGAAAACCUCUGGCACGGCAAUGCAGGCUGAAGUCCCUGCAAUGUCUCCAGGCGAAACAGAACAUAUGAAAACUCCAGAAGGGGAGCCGCAGCCAGAAAACCCUCCUGCUGAGAUUUCCGCCCCCAAAGAUCCCCCGAAUGCUCUGAAGGUCAGGCCAGUCUCACAGCCUGUUGAGAGUCCGACAACGAAGAACAAGUCUGAAGAGUAUGAGACGUGGAUUGACAGGUUCGGGAAGCUGGAAAGUGCCCUCUACAGGGCAUGUGACGUGAUGAGCACUGGGUUUCUGGAGAAGGAACGGGCCAGAAACCUCAUUCACAACUACAAUCUCAUUUACAACCUGCCGAGCCCUCGGAAAAUCGACCAAGCCGUGCGGAGAUUCCGUGCGGGAGAAAAUAUGCUCUUGGAGCCAGCACUUCGGUACUUAAAGGAGCUAUGA